AUGGAUAUAAAUGCAGAAUUAAAACAACUGGAUUUAAAAGUAUUAAUGAAAAAAUUUUUAAGUAGUGAAAAAGAAAACAUAAAAUUAAAAAAAAAAGAUGAUAAAGAUAUUAUACUUUUCGAAAAAAAUAAUUUUUAUAUAUAUAGUGAUGUUAUAUGUGGAAUUGAAAAUAGGAAAAAAGAAAAAUAUAAUGUUGGAGAUAUAUAUUUAUUUCUAUGUUUACCAAAAAGUAAUUACACAUUUUCUUAUAUAAAUUCAAUUGGUUAUAAAUAUAUAAGUAUAUUAGAAAGAAAUAAAAUCAUAAAAAAAAUUGAAUAUGAAAAUUAUGAUGAAGAAGAGGAUCAAAUCAAAGUUAACUUUUUUAUUUAUGAUAAAAAAAGUACUAUUAAUUUAAAUUAUUAUAUUCAUAUAGAACAAGAUGAUGUUAUUCAAUCAAAACUUUUUGUUAACAAUAAUAUUAAUGAUAUAAUAUGUGAUAUAGAUAGUGAAAAUGAAAAUUGGGGAAGCAUUAAAAAGAGAAAAAAUAUAGAAGGGUCAACACAACAUCAAAUAGUAAAUACAAAUAAAGAUGAUAUUAAUAUUUUGGGAAUUAAAAAAAAUAAAAUAAAAAUAGAUGAAAAUAAUAUAAAUGAAGAAAUAGAUCAAAGUUCUACUUUGAAUAAUAUUCAAAAUAAAACUACAAACAUUUUAAGUAUCAAAGAAGUAAACACACACAAUAGUAAACAAACUAACGAAUCCAACAUUGGCUUAGUUUCUUUUAAUAAUAUUAAUAAAAUAUUUAAUGGUGAUAAAAUAUAUAAAUCACAAAUUUUUUACAUAAAAAAUGAUUGUCAUAAUAUCACGAAAACUAUAUAUAAUAAAAAAAAAAAAAAAAAAAAAAAAAAAUUAAAUCAAAAUAUAAAAUACAAUUUUAUAGACGAAGAUAUAUCAACAAUAAAAUAUGAUGAACUAUUUUAUUUUAACUAUAACGAAAUUAAUUUGGAAGAAAAUUAUAUAAAUGAUAUUAGUACUAAUUUUAAGUUCCUAAAAAAGGGGAUAGGAGUGUGUAGCAACCAAUUUCAAAAAAGAGAUAAUAUAAAAAACGACAAACAUAAUGAAAACAUAAAUGAACAAAAUGACAAACAUAAUGAAAACAUAAAUGACCAGAAUGGAAAACAUAUUUUAAAGCACUAUUAUGAAAAUAAUAUUUUAAAAAAUGUAUUUUUUAUCAAUUUUAAUUUAUACUCUCUUUUAAAUAAUACUUAUAUUUCAAAUUUACCAAAAGAUGAUAACAUUUUUAGUAAUCUCCAAAUUUUAGUUAGCAAUUUUUUUGAAGAAUAUAUAAAAUUUGUUAAAAAAAACAACUCAAUCAAUUUAAAUGAUGGAAAAAGUGAUAUUAUCCAAUUUGAAUUAAAUUUAAGCGAUUUAGAACCCCAAAUAAAUCCACAAAACUGUGAUAAAAUAAAAUAUAUUUUUGAGAAUAUGCAUAAUGAUUGUUUUCCAAACUCAAAUAAAGAAAUUCAGAAAAAUCAUAUUUCUAUAAAUAAUUUAAAUUUUAUUCAUAAUACUGUUUUACCACAUUAUUUACAAAAUAGUAAAAUAAAUUAUUUUAAAUAUUCAACAGCAUCUAUAGAAACACUCGAAAAUUUUAAUAAUCAUGAUAAACUAAUAUUUUUCCAUAAUAUUAUAAAUAUGUAUAUAUAUUCUUUAUAUGAUCAAAAUUUUUAUGAAAAAAAUAAAAUUUAUAUGAAUUUUUUUCAUAACUUUUUAAAUAAAUUUUCUUUUGAAAAAAAUUUUGUUAAAAUAAACACUUAUAAACAGGAUUAUUUUUCAGAGACAGAAACAAGUUCUACUUACUCUGAGGAAAUAUUAAAUGAAAAUUUUGAAAAAGACAAAACUAUAUUAUCUAAAAAUGUGGAUGAAGUUCAAUCUACUAUGGAUUAUGAUCAAUCAAAAUUUUAUUUACUCGAAAAUAAUUAUAUAAAAAUAAAAAAUAAAAUGGAUAGCAAAAUAUUCGAAGCCUUAAGUGAAAAUAAAUAUAAUAAAGGAAAUAAUGAACUUAUUAAAUCUGCACAAAUAAAAGAAAUAAAAUAUAAAAAUUUUUAUGAUAUAAUUGGAAAUAGCUCAUGCGAUUUUAGAAGAAUAUAUAAUUUUUUUAAACAAGAACUUUUAGAUAAAAGUAACAUAAAAAAUGUAUAUAUAAAUGGUGUAAAAAGAAAUAUAAUCAUAGAUAAUAAUAAUAAUGAUGAUGAUAAUAAUAUAAAACAGAAAAAUCAUAAAAAAAUAUUAAAAAUUAUUGAUGAAAUACAUUUAACAUAUAAAAGGAGGCCAUUAAUAUUAAUAGAAAGUAAUUCUACAACUGAUAAUAUAAUAAAUAGAAAUAAUAUUGAUUCUUUUUUUUUACAUAAUAAUUUAGAUAAACCACCAAAAAGUGAAAAACAAAAUAAUAUCAAUAUACCAACCAAAAUGAACAAUUAUGAUGGAAUAUCAAUCAUUUAUAAUAUGUUUAAUAAAAAUAUCAAAUUCUUAUUUAUAGAAAAUGAUAAAAUUGAUAUUUUAUCUGAAACAGAUUGGAAAUGUGUAAUAGCAGUUAUUGUAAAAUCAAAAAACUCUUUAAAAAACAUUCUAAAUAAAUAUCCUUUUGAAAUAUCAACAACUUUAUUUCAACCAUUUAAAACUUUUGCAUUUAUGUAUAAUGAUGAAAUUAUUCCAUCUGAUUUAUUAACAGGAAGUAGCAUUGAUAUUAUUCGAUUAAAUCGUGAUAAUAGAAAAGAUGAUCAUAUUGGUGCUAAAAAAUUUUGGACUAAUAUUGAAAAGUUUAUUUUACAGCGCCGUGAUAAAAAUUUUUAUAAAAAAAAAAAAAAUAUAUAA